GACUACACGACCACACGAACUCUCUCCUCUCCCGCUGCUGAAGCGAAGAAAGUCCCGUUCUGUGAGGCCCUCUCGCCGUCCUCGACGUUGGCAUCGAAGCUCCUGAACGCUGCUGCUGCUGCUGCCGCCACGACGCACAGAGAUCCACAUGCAUGGGGUCAUGCGAAUUGGUUACGUGAGAUUUAUACAAAAUUGGUAUCUGAAAAUAAUAUGCAUGUUGGCUGCCUACGUGUAUAUACUUUACCUCGAUUUUUAUUAACUCGUUUGAAUGUGGAGGAAUCUCCCCCAUUGCGUUUCCCUCUGACCUGGCAACCGGAGUGGGCACGGAAGCCGCCUCGCAGGGACUGCACUCGUUUGUGAGCAGGAGUGAUGGCUUGCAGUGGGAUGCUGCAGGAGGAGUGCCCUCUGCUUGUGCCGCUCAACCAAGAGGGCACCCUGUAUGACGGCUUCAUCACCGUCAGGGAAAGAGAUUUUAGGUUGCAUGUUGCACUUCCACCAGAUGGCCAAGUGAGAAAUGCAAGGCUGCACUGCAGCUGGCAGCUCAAGCAGGCACUCCGAGGCCACCAGGCACUUGUGAAGCAGAGGCUAGAACAAAGCCAGUCCUUAGAAGACUUCAUCGUGGAGCUAAAGAUGAUCUUGGAGGCUUCUUUGAGGAGCAAAAGAGCACUGCACGCGCCACCACCUCCUUCCUACUACUCGCGGCUCAUUGGAGAAAUUGAGGCCCUGGGAUGGGAAACGCUAACUUUCAUCGACCCCAACUUCAGCACUAUUGGAUUCAGCUUCUGGGACACAAGUGGACGCCCGCACACCAUCACCCUCAACCUGAAGCCACAGUACCCUGUUGAGGCUCCAGAAUGCUUGGUCGAUAUCCCUGUGACAUUUGACCUUCACUGGACCCCACAAAGCAGCCUGGCCACCAUGCGAAGUCACUUCCUGGCAGCCGUGGAAGCCCUGAAGGAUUUCUGGGACACGAUGGAUGAGAUCGACCGGAACACCUGGGUGCUGGAACCCGAGAAGCCCUCCCGCGCUUCCACUACACGCCGCAUCGCCAUCGGCAAUAGUGCAUCACUGCACCUGGAGGUGGACCCACAGCAUCCCAAGACCUUUCCCGAAUGUCGCUUCCUAGGUGCUGACUACGUGGUCACCCCUCUCAGGAACAAGCUCAGUGCAAAUAUGCAUCACUGGCAUCCUGAAGCCUCAGUAUUGCACAACCUGCUCCACCUGCUGGAGAUUGAGCUUCCUUCGCCCGCAACCCACAGCAAGGCCGACUUCAGCAUGGAGUGUGGCAUCUGUUAUGCAUACCGGCUGGAGGCGGCAAUCCCUGACCAGGUGUGCGACGAGCCCCGGUGUGGCCAGCCCUUCCACCAGGCCUGCCUCUACGAGUGGCUGAGGUCUCUUCCCUCGUGCACACAGAGCUUCAACGUCGUGUUUGGAAAGUGUCCUUACUGCAGCAAGCCCAUUACAUUGAAGUUGGGUCCAAACACCACAUAAGUAGUUCCGAGUGAGAAACUGGUAUUCAAUGGGAAUGUUUCCCAGUUCUGGGGUGUUAAAAUUAAUUUUGUUACUUCAAAGCAAUACAAUUCUCCACAGAAGACGCGUGUGUGUCUGUCAUAAUCACACCAUGCCAAUUGAGUUGCAAGUUCUAAUUUCUAAAUAGAUUUUUGGUUUAGGCCACGUGAUGAUCUGGCAACAUUUCUGCUGUAUGACUCUCUACCACCCAACAUAACCAAUCAUUAAAUUGACUACAGAUAUUUGACCACACCAUUAUGUGGUCUGACUCAAAAAACAAUUAUAAAUGAUAAUGGCUGUAAAAACCUACAUGUCACGAGUUGCUAGUUUAUGCGCAUGACAGUGCAUAUGCUUUCGGAAUUGAUCAAAUACACAUUUUUUUAUUUGUAUUAAGUUGAGAACACUUUGAUGGUUUAAUUUGUUAUAAAUGUAUAGUGUACUCUAAUGGUGGAUUGCAGAUUGUGUGAAUCAGUGCUGAAAUAAACCUUUUGUAAAUGUU